AUGGUUCCUAGGGUUUACAAUAAACGAGAUGACGCUGAACGAUCGAUUAAUGGAAGAACGAAUGACAGGGAUAAAGCCCGGCAUCCGCGAUGGUCGAGACAGGAGACACUGGUCCUGAUAGAAGGGAAAAGGGUAGCUGAGGAGAAGGGGAAAAGGGGGAGGAGAUCGAGCUAUGUUUCUGGAUCUAACCAGGUCGAACCAAAGUGGGACUAUGUAUCGUCGUACUGCAGGAGACAUGGGGUGAAUAGAGGGCCAGUUCAAUGCCGGAAGAGGUGGAGCAAUCUUGUGAGUGAUUUUAAGAAGAUAAAGACAUGGGACUCUCAGGUGGGAGGAGAAGGGGAAGGGUUUUGGAUGAUGAGAAGUGAAUCGAGGAGGGAAAGGAAAUUGCCCGGAUUCUUUGAUAAAGAAGUCUUUGAUGUCUUGGAUGGGAAAGCCGGCGAGAAAGAUUCUUACCAGCUUGUGCUGGUGACAAGUGAAGAUCAGAACAUUGGAGAUGAUGUUGAGGAUAUGGAGGCAGAGGAUGGGGAUGAUGAAGAAACAGAUUGUCUGAAUCCCAGUUUUGAAAAUACGGCUGGCGAAGAAACAGGGCAGAAUUUGGGAAAGGAGAAGGCUUGGAGAAAUGGGAUUCCUUCUCCAGUUCCGAUUUCAGAGAUGAGAAUUCCAACGUUUCACCAGAUGGACUCGGAUCAAGAAGAAAAAAGACAGCCAAGCCCACAGUAUUGGAGAGGCUCCGAGUUUCAAAAUGGGGCAAAAAGGAGCCGUCCCUCAUCAAGCAAUUUUCAAAACAUUGACAUGAAUGAACAGAUGAUCAGGGCUCUGGAGAGAAAUAAUACUCUACUAGAUCAACACCUUGAGCAUGAAAAGUUGAACAGAGAGCAGCAGAAGGAGCAACAUGACAACUUAGUAGCAUCACUUAACAAGAUAACAGAGAUUCUUGGAAAAAUUGCAGAUAAGCUGUAAUUGCAAUUUGCACCUUCUCAAAGGUAUUCGUAAUUCGUAUGUUAGAAGGAUGAUAUAUAAUAAUUUCUGUAUUCAUAUCUCAUUCAGCUACUGAAUUCUGUCUCACACCAAAAUGACUAGUCUGAGUGUUGAUUCAUAAUGUUUGUGGACAUGUGGAGUUAUCCUAAUUCCUAUCUACCAGAGUUGAUGAACAGAUAUUUAGCCAAUUUUCCCCAGAUUUGAGGUUUCAAAUCACCAAGCAAACAAUGAUAUGAACUGUGAAAAGAUGUAUGGCUUUACAACGAAAUCGUACCUCUCAG